GAUUAAAUUAUUUUGACUUUGAAGGCAGUGGUAUUCUCAGCAGCAUGGCCUUUGUGCUUAAUUAAUCCUACAGGAACAUCUUGUUGCCAGGAGUCAUUUAAAUAGAUGUAUUACACUGUGGCUUUGUUGGUUUCCUCUGUGCAAAUACCAACUGCAUCUCCACACUAAUUAAUGCAUGUACAGUAAGUGUAUUUUGUUCCAAUCAAGGUUUGUGUACAGCUGUCCAAAGGCUGCCUUGUCAUCAAAAAUGCAGAGCUCCAGUAGCAUAGCUCAGGCCAGGCGGAUGGUGCAGCAGCUGAGGAUAGAGGCCAGCAUCGAGAGGAUAAAGGCGUCAAAGGCUUCAUCAGACCAUUACUGUGGAGAACAUGCUAAGAAUGACCCGCCGUUCAUGGGCAUUCCCACUUCAGAAAACCCUUUCAAGGACAAGAAGCCUUGCACUUUUUUGUAGGGGAACACCUGAACUCUUGCUGCUUUCCUUUGGAUUUAUGUGGAAUAAAAAAAAAAAGCUGAUAGUAAUACCAUUCACAACUUAUCUUAAGGCCAGUGUUUCCCCCGUACCUUUUCGCAUGCCUGCUAAAGUUCAAGGACUGUAUUCCUCUCUGCUUUGCAGUCAGAUAGCAGUUACAGCAAAGAAUCUGCCUGAAGCUGCGGCCUAAAAGGAGCUGUGCCAUCGAUGGGAGAGUUCCUGACUCAGCACGCUUAAACAAGCCCCCCCAAUCAUUGGUCCAAUCAGAUUUAGGCUUUCAGCUUUCACCUCUUACUUUCAUCAGGCUUGCUUCAGGAAACAGUUGUUGUAGGUUGUGUGCUACUGAUAAUGAGCACCAGAGAUAAUAAUAUCUUAUUGCCGGACGGGUUAACUGUGCUGUCCAUUACAUGGAGACAAAUAGAAAGAGUGGAGGUCCAUUGCCACUGAUGCACAGCUCCUGCUCCUAAUGUCACUAUGUUCUGUCUGCAGAGCCUAGGCUUACUACUGUACAGGCAAUUUGAAACCUGGUUAACAAUGUUAGUUUGAAACAUUUCAUGUUAACAACUGCUCUAAAACUUCCUCUGAUUUUAUUAUGACAACCUAUGACUGGCAGUGGGUGGUUGUGACUUGAUUUACUUGUGUGUUGGUGCUCAUGCAAAACAUAAGCAACUAAUUUGACAUUUUACCAGCCAUGGCCUUAAUAAUGAAGUGAUCUGGCUUCAACCUCACAACUACCUUUUAAUCACAUAAAUGCUGUUGUCUUAUACUGUGAAGUCUAAUACUAUAGGCUGUUGUGUGUAUGACAAAAUAUUUAAAAAUGACUCAUGUUCA